AUGGCCGUUCUACACUCUAUAUCACACGCUUUGAAUCGCCCAGGACCUCGGUACGCUAGAUAUGACCAAGACAUUGCCAUGUGCCACGUGCGUCUGCGACGUUUGGCAGGCCAGUCGACCAGCUCUGGACGCUUGACAAGACAUUUUUCGCGGGAAACAGCGCUUGGAAGUGGGGUACAUGGUGGUACUGCCAAUGCUCGCCGCGCUUUUUGCUACAUUAUGGCUGAGAAGGACAAGAUGCGUACAGCGAUCAUAGUCGCUUUGAGCUUCGGUAUCAGCAUAAACCAACAUCAACAUGCUGUCGAGUCAGCGCGUACCUGGACACUGCUUAUUACGCAGAUCUUGGCUACAGCUCUGAAAAGACCCGGCAAUGUAUCACACUAUUGCUUCAGGCCUACCGCAUUUGCUAUGCUGAACACGCACAUCUUGAAGCUUCUCUUCAUGACCAUGCAGAGCUGCUCGACGCCUCGCCUUGGGCUUGCCGAUGGGUCUGUUACAGACUUGCCCAUCAGAGUGGGGUCUUUGGCUCGCUCUGCUAUAAGCAUGAUUCGCCCAAAGCAUAGGAUUUUACAUACAGCGAGCUGUAGGCUUGCCGUCCCGGGCGGGCAGGCCGAGGUAACAAAUAGCCCUUUGGGAUUGAGUCGACAUGUGCGUGAACGCAACAAUCCCGUACCACGCGCGAAGUAUUGCUCCAUGAGUGUAGCUCACGCGGACUUCGGUGCGAGACUUCGCUGGACUUUUGAAGCCAAGAUAGACCCAAGGCCUUGCGUGCUUGUCCAUUGUAUUGUCCAUAUUACCAUGCCUCGGUCGGCUUGUCUUUGCGCAGACCGCUGCUCUUGUGCGUUCACAUGCUAUAGGUAUGUCCUUGCACCACUCGCUACUACUCACAGGCUUGAUCCCGCACAUGAAUGGCGCGCACCCUUCCUUCCAUACACUCAGGACGAAUCGAAUAAGUCUUGGGCGGUGUUCGGCGAUCGUUUCGACUGGGACCAGCAUUGUGACUCCUGGUGUUGCGGAGCUGGCUGCGGCGGAAUCUUCCGACCUAUUGAGUUUUUCUUUUUUAAGUAUCAAAGUUCAAAGAAGCCUCGAAUCCCUCAACAACCCAACCCCAAACUCCAACAUCCCCAAAUCAUGCCAAAAUGCUGCAUGCAGGCUCCGGGAUUUGUUGGCUUCCAGAUCUGGCCCAUACAUUGCGAAGCACCUCGACUCUGCGAUGAUGCCCCCCUCAAUCAGAUCUGGUCCACCGACAUCUUCAUCAGUCAGAGUGCUUCCAUUGCCCCAUCGAAGAGCGAGCAGGUCUCCGUUGCAAGAGUCGGGAGAGAAGAGGCUGCCGGAACAGACGCCUACGAACCAGUAGCUUGUAUUGCCUGCCAUGGCACCAGGAUCGCGGUUUGUACACCUUCGUACGCACUCCGGAGUCAGCUUCGUACUGUCGGUAAGCUGGGCUUUCCGCCAUCGCUACACUUAAGUCUGUUCGAUUACAGGCCAUCUCGUAGACGUCUUCAGCGUCGCUCCCGGUCUGUGACCUCAAUGCUUCCAGCGCAUGAACUUGCUUGGAAAGGUACAGCAAGCAGCGACGACACCUGCCACAAUUGCUUCUGGAAGGUAACGGCACGGUCAACAAUUCGCGGCCCCAAACCAUGGCAUCGACACUCCAAACAUGACCGGAUGUUCUUUGAUACCUAUUUUGAGCAGCAUUUACAGGUCUUGCAAACCCACAGCUCGAAAGACGAAAGCGUAGCAGAAGAAAAGUCCUGUAUGAUUGAAAAACAGGCGCCAGUACAGAAUGCAUUGAAAACCUACUGCGCCAAGCCAACGAGACCCAGAGGACGUACGAUGCAGCCGCGCUGGCGAUAA